ACCCCUCUUCUGCACACACCAUGGCGACAUAGGAAUCAAAACCUUCGUUCUUCAAAAUAACGAGGUUGCCUUCGCUCGCACGUUCAGGCUCAGGCAUUAAGCGAGAAGCAAACGGGAGCACUACUGGAGUUUCGAUCGGAGUUAUACAGUGAACGGAAAAUUCUGGCCUGAGAAUUACAAGCAGAAGAACAUGAUGAAGAUUAAUGUGAACUCGAUCGCUCGGAAGGUCGAGGUCGACAAUCGGAUUCCGCUUCGGAAUUACUACCGUAUAGCCGAUAAUCUCCUCAGACAGGCAAACAUAUACCGAGAGGAGAAGAAUGUUAUAGAUUUGUAUAUCAUACUUAUUAGAUAUUCAAGUUUGGUAUCUGAAACAAUGCCAUGCCAUCAAGAUUACCAACAUUUAAAUCCGAAAGAAAGAUCACCUUAUAAAAAGAGAUUGAUUGCUGUGCUAGACGAGCUUGAAUCAUUGAAACCUGAAUUUCAACGUCUAGUUGAUGAACUUAACAAAGCUCAUGCUGGAAUUCAACUGCUUGAACUUGAUGAUUCUGAAAGGAUUAGUUGUGGUUUGGAAAAAUCUUCUUUAGAAUGGCAACAGCCCCCAGUCAGCACAAAAUCUUACUUAAAUGGGGAUAUUAAACAGUCUGCCAAUAUGGCACCAAGUUCUUCAUGGAAAUAUGGCAGUAAUCAAGCUCACUCAUCAUAUCCCUUGCAGAUAGACAACCAAUUCCAGAAGAUAAACCUUAACAUGCCUCUUCCAAAGCAAGAGACCUUGUCUCGACACUCAUUUUUAGGUCCAAAUGGUCUUCGGGGCCAGUGGCUAGGACCUAGUUCACAAAUUAAGGUUCAAUAUCCAAGCAACAGUGAGUUAACUUCUAUUGAAAAUUCCAGCCUGACUCCGGAUGGGCAACAUGAUAUCGUGACAGUAAGAGAUGGUGUGCCUGGAGAUGCUGGAUCUGCAAUGGAAUCAAUUCUCUCCUUAGAUGAUGGUAGAUGGUCACAUCCUGCCGACGAUUUGUCUUCUCUGUUAAUAAACGAGGCGAGGGAAGAUCCUUUCCAGUUUGUCAGUAUCAGACAACCUUCCCCUCCUCCUGUUCUUGCUCAAGUACAGGACUUAACUGCAAUUCCUCCAUCAAGAGUUGCAGAUCCGAGACCUGGACCUGUGAAACCUUGUCCAGAUGGGAUGCCAAGCCCCAACUCUUAUCAACAUUUACAUGUUGCUGUGAAUAUGAUGGAAGCCUUCUUGAGAUUAGCUCAGGCAAAUACUAUGAAGAAUUUAGAAACAUGUGGUGUGCUUGCUGGUUCAUUGAAAAACAGGGUUUUCCAAAUCACUACGCUUAUAAUCCCAAAGCAAGAGUCAACUUCAGAUUCGUGUCAAACAUUGAAUGAAGAAGAAAUAUUUGAAGUUCAAGACCGAUUGUCCCUUUUCCCUCUUGGUUGGAUUCAUACACACCCUUCACAGACCUGUUUCAUGUCGUCGGUUGAUUUACAUACUCAUUAUUCAUAUCAGAUAAUGUUACCAGAAGCAAUUGCAAUAGUUAUGGCCCCAACAGAUGAGAGAAGUCCACAUGGCAUAUUCCAUCUGUCUGAUCCUAGUGGUGUCUCCGUGAUUCGUAAUUGCCAGCAGCGGGGUUUUCAUCCCCAUGAAGAGCCUUCAGAUGGGAACCCAAUUUAUGAGCACUGUUCUCAUGUCUAUAUGAAUGAAAAGUUAAAAUUUGAUGUGAUUGAUCUUCGUUAAGUCUGCUCAGGAUAUAUGAUUACCCAAGGCGUCACUGUAAAUGAUUGUGUAAUUACGGACGCCAUUUGAAGCUUUCAGUAGCUGCGAUUAUCAGAACCCUAAGAUGUAAUUUGAAGGAUACUCAAUAUAGUUGGAUCAUGAGAACAUGCUGUUGGUGCCUUUCAACUUGUAGGUACGCUUCACCUAUAUUUUUUCUGCAUACCCUGUGAUUGUCAUUUCUUUUCAGAAACAUCUAAUUGUAAUAGCUUACUGGUUUUUGUUUCGGAUGUUAGUAUCUCUAUAUUUAUUUCAUCUCAAAUGAAUAAAUGAUAUAUACAUAUAUCAAAAUUAUGGUGAAAACA